CAGCAACAAGUGAAUCCAUUCUGGAAUCUUUCACACCUAAAACUUCUCGUCCUUUUCAAUGGCCAAGGGUAACAUUAGCUCCAAAAGAAAUACCACUUAUUCCUUCUAAACUGAAACCAUCUGCUACCCCAGAAGUACAGGAUGUGAAACCUGCUCCUAAACCACCACUUUUGGAGCCUAAAACUUCUCAGACUGUUGAGCAACCAAGAGCAACACUAGCUCCUAAAGAAGCAAAACUCACACCUUCUGCAUCUAAACCUAGACCAUCUGCCAGACCCAAAAAGCCACGAACUAAACCUGCAGCAACCAUUCCAGUGUCAGUCACUACUAGGAGUCCCUACACAUAUGAACGUCCAAAGACUGCAGAGGUCUUGGAUCCUAUUACACUUAGAACUGAACCACCAAGGCCAACGAUAGCUCCAAGGGAGACUCAACGUGUUCCUUCUAGACCUAAAACUUCACCCAAACCUCAUAUCCCACAAGCCAAAGAUGUCCUGGAAUCCAUAACAUUUAGAACUGAUCAACUAAAACCAACAAUAGUCCCUAAGGAACCACACCAUGUUCCUUCCAAACCCCGAACACCACCAAGCUCAGAGAUGUCACAAACAAAACCUGUUCUGGAACCAAUUAAGUUUAGAACUGAGAAACCAAAGUCAACAAUAGCUCCUAAAGAUACACGUCCAGGGCCUUCCAAACCUAAAACUUCACCCAGUCCACGUGUUCCUCCAACUAGAGCAAGUCCAAAGGAAAGUCGACGAGUCCCUUCCAAGCCCAGGGCAUCACCAAGUCCAGAUGUACCACACACAAAACCUGCUUCUAAAGAACCACAAUACAUUCCCUUUAAACCUAAAGCAACUCCCAUCCCAGAUGCUCCACACAGGAAGCCUGAGAUCUUUCCAACUUUUGGUGAACCAGACACUACUAUGAUUCCUCGUAUUCCUGAAAGAACAAAGGCAACAUUGGCUCCAACUGAAAAACAGUUUAUUCAUACCAAACCAAAAACAACUGAAAAACCAAGAGUGCCACACACCAAACCUGCAAUACAUCAGACAACUCCACAACCAAUUAUUACAAAAUCUUCAACUACCACUGGGCAUUCAAGGGCAACAAUGGCUCCAAAAGAAACACUGCUCAUUCCUUCCAAACCCAAAACAUCUGUCUGGCCAGAAGUACCACAAACUAAACCUGCUCCAAGGGCAACACACCUGGGAUCAAUUAACCUUGUUACAGUUCAUGUUGUUGAUGGGUCCAAAAUACCUUUGGUUCCCAAUGAAACAUACCACAUUUCACCCAAGCCAAAAAUUGCUCAAGCAACUGAAAUUCCAUGGUUCAAUACAGCACCUCAUAAAACACGUCUCACUUCCGCAAGACCAAAGCCGUCAGAUAAAUCACAGACUAGACCUGUUUUUAGUAAAACCACACUAGCACCAACCAGAACAAAAGCACCUGGACUGCCACAGUGGAUUGUGCCAACAACAGGUGAUAUGUAUAUACCUGAGGAUGUUACCGGGCAAGUUGCUGUGGAUGUAAAAAAACCUUGGGAAUAUAUUGAUACCUGGGAAAAGCCUAUUUCUGUAACUACAUCACCUGGACCUCAGCGCCCUCCUAUACCUCCUGCCAAGCCUACACAAAUGAGAAGAAAACCUCUGCCUCCAAACACCGUGACUGGUAAACCCGGGAUUCCAGCUAAGCCUGCUGGACCAACACUACCUGUGAGGACAGGAAUGUCAUAUGGGACACCAACAGCUUUUGCAACUCCAGAGUAUUAUGUUGAUGCAACUGUCUUCAGCUCAAGUCCUACAUCAGAAACAGAUUCUUCAGGCAAACCAAGGUACCAAGCUCCCCAUGUCAAGUACAUGAAGAAAGAUGAUGAUGUGCCUUGCUCUAUCACAAGCUCUCUUGAACAUUUUCCUCAAGAAGAAGCUGGAAGCAAGGAAGAACCCACUCGUCCUCCACAAAAUCCUCCAACCAAUCUCACAGUGGUGACAGUUGAGGGCUGUCCAACCUUUGUCAUAUUGGACUGGGAAAAACCAGACAAUGACACUGUUACAGAGUAUGAGGUUGUGUCAACUGAAAAUGGAGGAAGUGAUGGUGAAAAGGAGAAAUCAAUUAUCACUACAAAUCAAACCCAUUCUACUGUGGAAAACCUAAAACCUGACACAAGUUAUGAAUUCCAUGUGAAACCUAGAAACCCUCUUGGUGAAGGUCCAAGCAGCAAUGUUGUGUCAUUCAGUACUGAAUCAGCGGACCCAAGAGUGAGUGAGCCAAUUUCAAUGGGAAAAGAUGCUAUCUGGACUGAAAUCCCAUUCAAUUCAGACACAUAUUCAGAAUGCAAAGGCAAACAAUAUGUCAAGAGGACCUGGUAUAAGAAGUUUGUAGGUGUGCAGCUGUGCAAUUCUUUGAGAUACAAAAUAUACCUCAGUGAUUCACUUACAGGAAAAUUUUAUAACAUAGGAGACCAGAGGGGCCAUGGAGAAGAUCACUGCCAAUUUGUAGACUCAUUCUUAGAUGGAAGGACAGGACAGCAAGAAGAUCUACCAGUCAAAGAUGGAUUUUUCAGGGCAGUUCGUCAGGAACCUGUCAAAUUUGGAAAAAUAGGUGGGGAGACUCAAAUUAACUACGUCCGCUGGUACGAGUGUGGCACAUCAAUCCCUGGGAAGUGGUAGAUGCGACAUGAAGCUGGUGAAGAGGCCCAGCAUGUGCCACCUCCACCCCACUGCCCAGCGCAGGCUCGAGGACGGCAACGCUUACGGUGUGCCUGGCACUUCAGUGCCUGCUCAUGUGCCAGGGUUUAUACAAGUCUAAUGCCAAUACUGCAUUCAUUGUGUAAUAGCGUAGGCUGCUUACUGUAGUUAUCCAGUUUUACAAAUUUGUUUUUAGAUUAAAAACACAAACAGGCUAGGGACAUGCUGUAGGAUAAUGUAUAGGGAAGCUGGCUCCCUAUUCUUGAGGUAUGGUUUCUAUGGUAUUUUAAAAGAUACGGUGUGUCUAUUAUUUAUCGUGAUGUUGUAAUAAAUGUUUAAGGCACAGAUAUGGCAGAGUUGGUCACGGAAUGCAAUGUAUGUUAGUUUUUAAAUAUUCCCUGGUCGUCUUGUAAUGCAAGUGCCAUAAGCUACCUGUCCAGAUCCAUCUGUAAUGUCUCCCAGUCAUAAAUUAUAGAAAAGAUCCUACAAUUUUUAAUAUCCUGCAGCCAGUAAACUUGAAGCACUUUCUUCUUACACGUACAGUUUAUACUCCUGCCAAAAUGCCGAGGUAGGUUGCUAUAUGUGCAGCUUUAAAUUAUCACAUUGGGGGGGGCAUCUGUUUGUUUUCAAAUGCUUCAACUCCAGCAAAAGCCAUGUUUGGCCUGUCAUUAUGGAGUCAGAGCUGCUGCCCAUGACCGAGGCAGUGGCUGGCGGGUGGGUUUGGUUUUGUCUAAUUAAAGUGGACGGGUACAUACAUACAUGGAAUGAAACAAUGAAACUUGGCUUCCACGGCUGGGGCUUUGCAUGAAAAUGUAGUCUUCAGACACUGAGACUUACUGGUUCAAAAGCCAAAUGUAUGUACCAUGCAGGGGAACUUGGAAAGACAAAUGAGAGAGGAAAAAAAAUAAGCUAGUUAUAACAGCAUGAUCAGGUUUAUUUAAUUUAAGAAGAAAAAUUGUGAUCUAAAACAUUUUUCAUUGGGGACAAAGGGGAAAUAAUGAUAACUGAACUUUAAAACUGCUUUACAGUUACUUUGAUUAAAACCUCUCCCAAAGCUACUUGUUGUACUGCUUGAACAUUUAUGAACUAAAUAAAGAGAUGUAGGUUUUUUU